AUGAGUGAUGCGAAAUUUAAUUAAAUAUCAUCGCCUUCCAAACAAAAGUUUGGUGAUUAAUUAAUUGAACAAAUUAAUCCUAUCAUGAGUAUUCAUUAAGAACUCCAAUUAAAUCAACAAAAGCUAAUUCAAUAAGAUAAUCAUUAUUAAUCAACUUCUGAAUCAUUCACCUAUGAUUUGAUUCAAGAUUAUUCAAUCCAAUAAAAUGAAUAUUGCUAUGCUAUUGCAUUUAAUUCAGAUAAUUCAAUUGUAUUAGCUGGGUGUUAUAGUAAGAUCAAAGUAUUUGAAUUUAAAUAAGAAUAGUUGAAACUAAUUCAAAUUCUUAGCGAACAUUAAAAUAAUGUUUCAACUUUAAAUUUUAUGAAGAAAUAGACUCAAUUUAUAUCUGGGAGUUGGGAUAAGUUGAUUAUAAUAUGGUCGAUGAAUUAAAAUAGUUAAUGGAUUUGUACAUAGAAAUUGAAUGAGCAUAAAUAUUGGAUUAAUUGUUUAAUCCAGAAUAAUAAUGAAGAUCUUAUUAUAUCAGGAAGCCAAGAUACAACGAUUAAGUUUUGGAUAAAGCAGAAUCAUUGGGUUUGUUCACAAACUAUUACAGAUCAUAAAUAGCAAGUAUUAGGAUUAUAUUUAAAUGAGAAAUAAAAUAGAGUGAUAUCUUGCGGAUAAGAUAGUUUAAUAUUGAUAGAAGAGUCAUCGUAAAAAUGGAAUGUAAUAUAAAUGAUAAAAUUAGAAUUAUGGGGUAUAAGAUUAUGCUUCAUAAAUGAUAAUUAAUUCAUAUUUCAACCUCUUUGUAAAGAGUAGAUGCAUGUUUAUGAGAUAAAUAGUAGUAAUAAUUAGUACUCAAAAACAAAAGAAAUUCCUGUUAAAUGUGAUUCCGAGUCAUGCAAUUAUUUCUUUCCUUAAUAAUUUAUCAAGUCUAAAAGCUUGAUUGUGAAUAAGAAUGGAAAAUGUGUUAAUUUGAUAAGGAAGAACCAAAACGGUGAUUUUAUAACAUAAUAAUCUAUACAAUUUGAGAGUGAAAGUAUUUUUGGAUAGAUGAGUGAUAAUGGAGAGUAUUUGAUUACUUGGGAUAAAUUAUCUAAGAAGAUUUAAGUUAGAAAAUAUCAUUCAUUAUGA